UAGUGGUAAUUAUGGCUCAAAGCGAGGAAGCUAUAAGGUCAAUGCUGCCGAAGACAUAUAGACGCAGACAUGUUGCCCGCGAAAUAUGUCUAACACUGACUUACUUCAGAAGCCUCACACCUAUGAUGGAUAAGCACGUUUAUAAUGAUGGCACCGUAAAGGACUUGAUGUGCCUCUCAGGAACUGUUUCUGUUACGUUUAAAGGUAAGUCCUACAACAUCCCGAUAUGUGUGUGGAUCGAGUAAACCUACCCCCACACUGCUCCCAUUUGCUACGUUAAACCCACGCGGGAGAUGAUGAUAGUCAGUGGAAAAUACAUCACGACCAGUGGCGAAGUCCUGCUGCCUUAUCUGGAGGAGUGGAAGCAUGGUGACUGUGAUCUCAUGGGCCUGCUGCAGGUGAUGGUUGUCACGUUUGAAGAAUUUCCUCCCGUAUGUAUGCGGCCUAUCUCAGAGUCUGAACAAGCCAGCUAUUUGCAGCGGUUCCACAGACAAGCUGAGAUGUUUUCAAAUACAGAUGAAACUUUAUGUCUGCAUUUAACCAGAGAAGAUGGUCAACCAUUCCAUCAAGACAAUGAAUCCAACUGUUAAGGUAUAAGUUAGCAAUAUGUUGUGCAAAAAGUGUUUAUCUAUUGUCUAUAAAGGGUUUUCUCCAUAGACUGUGGUUUUAUCAUGUAUAUAGUUUUGAACGCUACCGCCUGUUGCUUUUGUGAUUUACGUAUUAUUCAUCUGACUUAUCUUAAUAAGUCAGUUUGCGUAAAAAUGUUAUGCUUUUAAUGUAAAACGCAAAAUACUGCAGGAGGAAUACAAAAUGACAAUUGUGUGAAAAGUGUUCGUAGUUUUGACAGAGUAUGAAUUAUACAAUUACGCAGUGACAAUUGGGGGACCUUAGCUAAUAUUUGUUAGCUAAUGUGAGGUAAGGCAAUGUUAAUUUUAAUCAACUAACCUUAGUUAGCUAAACUGUAACUAAAGGCAAAAGUUAGAAAAUAACCAUUAGAGUUCAUCUGUAGACAUUUGAUACAAUCUAAUUCAGAACCUCUGAAGGAAAAAAGUGUGUUCAGCAAGGUUGUUAGCUACUUACAUUAAAUUAUUAUUUCACUAUCCUUUAGCUGGUACCACACACUCAAAUCAAAUCUGGGAGCAUACAGUGGUGCUGCGCUAUGCUACACGCAUAUGCAUAGAGAAAUGGGCCACAUGACCAAAAUGUCGAGCCUGACAAUGCAAAGUGAUACUCCCCAGCUUACUCUCGCUUGAUACCCCAGAAACCCCAGAAGACUCUGGCCCACAUUUACACUGACAGGAUGAGGAGGAA